AUGGAGGAGGGGAGCACCUGGCAGCAAGUGCGUACCUACGCUGACCAUCUCGGUCAUCGCGUAGUGCUUGAGGAGUACAUGGUGCCAGACCCAGAACCCGGCCACCUGGUUCCUAUCCAGGUUUAUAGCCUUGUCCCCCUGGAUGAUGACCACGAAAAGCUACGGGAAUACCUGAUGCAAACUUUCUGCAAUGAUGAGGUCCUGCCUAUGUUUGAGAUUUAUUCAUACCGCCCGCCCGACGCCUUCGCCUGUAUUGAACAUAACCGCUUUGAAAUCGCUCGCCGUAAGCAGCAACACCGGUCAGGGGUUGAAAAUGCACCCCCGCUGAUUCCGAAAUUUACCGGUUGUUCCGAUAAGUCGAUUCCUAUAGGGUUUUGUGUCCUAGUCCGGUCGCAUAGCUAUCGACUGGGCGAAACCGACUCAGAUGAGCUUGCUGAGGCGGGUGAAGGCCCAGAUAUGCUCUACUUUAACCGCUCGUUUUCCAGCACGCGCAGUGAUGUUGAUGAGACGCAACGUUCAGAUGAGUACGGUAAUCCCUCGCCAGAAGCAUUUGAGUUAGCCACCGAGCGCAUCAAGAAUCAGAAUGACGUCGGGGAUAUUGUCGUACUUAAUAUGUUUGGUAACGUCGGUCGCGCCGGGGCGACGCGAGACGCCUUAGACAUAGACGAGGGUGAGCCUCCUAGCUCGGAUAUGUUAUCAGAAGAGCAAAUCCGCGGCCAACUUAGCCAGGAAAGUGCAGUUAGCGGCUUCUCUCUUGAUCCCGCAUACCGGGUUACUCGGGAUUCCGAUGUUAUAACGAUCAGCAAUACCCCUAAGGGAAACCUCUCUGAUAUUCAAUACAUUAUCCAUGCGCUUUUUCUCGGCUCUAUCCGCGAUAUAGCAGGGUCCACCCUUUUAGAAAGCACAGCGCGCCUCUUCACAGCAUCGAUUGUCUCUCGCCUCCCGGCCAAUAAAACCAUCACGUUUAAGUUCUUUAUCCCAAAGUCCCCUACUUGGGCGGCUAUCCGCCCCGCUCAAAGUGAAGUUAUUGAAGUUCUAUCCUCUCAACCAACCCACGAAGAGAACCGAGAAGAUCCCUUCCUAAUCGGCGCCCUACACACCUUCUAUGCGGGCAACGAACAAUCCCCUAUAACAUGCCGCAUGACGCCUCAACGCAGCGACGCGUAUUUAUCCCGGACAGAAAACCAGUCCUGGACCCCAUAUCGUCUGUUCACAGUUGUGCUCGAUCGCGCCAAGUUUGUGUCCGAGGCUGGAAUUUAUUUCUAUAAGGCGUACUGGGAUUCGACUACAGAUCUGGACCCCUACGCAGAGGAUGCUCCCCAUGAUACGGACGUUGUGCGUGGCGUGGACUUGAGUACGACUGCCGGACGGUUGGGGCUGGUGGUUUUUGACAGGUAA